AUGUUAUCUAGAACCGUUAUGCGUAGUCUUUCUAUACCAGGCACUUUAAGAAUAGUCCCUCGUACCUAUACUAGCAUUAAUGGUUCUCUUAGAUCUGUGAUGCACACCACUAUCCCAACUACUGUUAAGAACACUUCAUUUUUUGGUGUGAGGAAUUAUUCUAGUCAGCAUGAUGAAGAAACUUUUGAGGAAUUCACCGCUAGAUUUGAAAAGGAAUUUGAAGAAGCUUAUGAUUUAUUCGAAGUACAAAGAGUGUUAAAUAAUUGUUUCUCAUACGAUUUAGUUCCUGCUCCCGCUGUAUUAGAAAAGGCUUUAAGAGCUGCUCGUAGAGUCAACGAUUUACCAACUGCUAUAAGAGUAUUUGAAGCUUUGAAAUACAAGGUUGAAAAUGAAGACCAAUAUAAAGCCUACUUGGAAGAAUUAAAAGAUGUUAGAGAAGAACUUGGUGUUCCAUUAAAGGAGGAAUUAUUCCCAGAUGGAAAGACUCCAACCUUAUUCUGA